GUGCGUCGAGCACGAUCUAGUGGGCCGCGCGGACACGUGAAGGUGAUUUUGACAGUUAACCUAAAAAUUCCGAUUUUUCCUUCACAAUGUCUUAAACCGCCUCAAAUUAAGUCAAAAAAUCACAAAAUGCGUUGGUUAUUUAACGUCUAUGAGACGUUCCUAAUUCGCCACCCCAAAGUGACACAGGCCGUCCAAACGGGCCUCCUCAUGGGUGCCGGGGACGUGAUUUCGCAAGUUUUUGUCGAAGAACAGCCGGUAAAAAAGUUAAAUUACAAAAGAACACUUCAAUUCGUUACCGUGGGGGCCUUCUACAUCGGACCUGCAUUGACGGUUUGGUACCGCGUUUUGGAUAAAUAUGUAGGAAAAAGCGGGAAACGUGUUGCGAUUACGAAAGUAGCGCUCGAUCAGAUUUGUUUCGCUCCGGUGUGUCUUUUGGGGUUUAUGGUUAGUAUAGGGGCCUUGCAGGGGAAGAGAGUCGAGGAGGUGAAGCAUGCGAUAAAAGAAACAUAUCCCGAUAUUUUAUUCGCUAAUUAUAAGUUGUGGCCAGCGGCUCAAACCAUUAAUUUCUAUUUUGUACCAUUGCAGUAUCAAGUUUUGUAUGCUCAGGUUGUUGCGUUGUUCUGGAAUGUGUAUCUUUGUUUCAAGACUAAACCAGACAAAUAAUUUUUCAUAUUAUUAUUUUUUAUUUAUAUUUUAUGUCAGGACCAAAGCAUUUUUUUAGUUUUUUUUUUGUAUUAUUACUUACGUGAAUGUUGACAAUGUUCCUUAAGGCUAAAUAAAUAAAAUAUGCAUUGA